AUGACAUCCGAUAACCGGAAGCAAGAGGUCCUCGCCGUAGCAAUCCUUUUCUUCGUCUUGACAUGGGUCACUGUCUGCUUGCGAGUCUAUGUACGCCUAUGUCUGAGAACAAUAUGGGGAAAAGAUGACUCGUACAUGGUUGCAACACAGCUAGUAUUCACUAUUUACCUCUGCUUCCAGAUCGUUGCAGCGGUACAUGGGACUGGUCAGCAUCGAUGGCGUCUAAGCGAUCACAAUGCAAAGACCGCACUACUAUUUUGGUACUUGUGUGAAGUCAUGUAUGUAGUGACCAAUGGCCUUCUCAAGUUCUCCAUUGGAUACUUCUAUCUCCGAGUCGCUGUCAAGCGAAACCACAUCUGGUGUAUAAGGAUACUGAUGGGAGGCACUGUCCUCUGUUGCUUGAUUUACUUGUUUUUGGUCAUGCUCCAGUGUUCUCCUGUCUCGGCAUUUUGGGAGAUACAUCCUGCUUCAGAAAAAUGUAUACCAAAAGGCCCAACUCUAGGUAUCAGUUACGCUCUCGCUGCUAUCAACGCCACGGCCGAUUGGAUAUUGGGAUUACUUCCUUUCUGGAUGGUCUGGGGCCUGAACAUGAAAACGAAGACGAAGAUCGUGGUUGCAUGUAUCCUCGCGUUUGCUGCUAUUGGGAGUACAGGCACCGUCGUCCGCAUGGGAUACAUACACACACUCUAUGACGGCACUGAUUUUCUCUAUGCUACAACUGAUGUCGCCAUAUGGAGCACAGUGGAACCUGGUAUAGGAAUCGUCGCAAGCAGCAUCGCAACCUACCGACCACUAGUAUACCACAUACUGCAACUUCUCGGCUUCGCAGACGCACCAUAUGAGCAAAGUACAUCCUUCGAGUACCCCAGAAAAGGCCGCGAUUACCGCCGCAGCCUGAGCGUAUCGGAUCUCGUGCCUACGGAAAUGGGAAUCAUGACCUCACACGUCACAGGCCCCGCUCCAGCGGGCUGGGGCGGCGCCCCCCGGACUCCAAAAAUUGUCAUUCAAGACGACAUAUCGCCGCAUAAUACUACGCCAGACGGCCAGAUCUUGCAGACGGUAUCGGUUCACCAGCAAACCGAAGGACCCCCAAAACUCGAGCUGCGGGCCAGCUUCCAUAAUAAUCUUGCUAGAGGCAGUAUGUUUAGUCUUGGAAGAUUUCGAAUACCUGAAUGA